GCAUCUUUUGAAUAAUUUUUCUGCCACUAGUUGUAAGUCACUUGGUGCUUUUCGAUUUAUUUACUUCAGCAUGCAGAGGAAGUGCAUAUCAAAUUUAUGGGCUGAAGUGGAAUUGUCAGCUAUUCAUGAAGCAGCACCUGCAAGAAAGAUUGCUCAUGGCUUCCUGUCCUGAGCAAUACAGAACUUGAAGCAGCUACUGGGUUAACUUGUCCUUACACAGAGCAAAAACCCUUGGGGGGAAUCCAGCACUACUUCUUUGUUUAAGAUAUGUGCUGGAUUGUCUGUGCAUUUGAGUGAUGUCUUGAUUUGUUUCUGUUUUUCCAAGGAGAUCAUAACUCAUUUGCAUAAACCUAGUCCAUAAUGAAUACACAUAACAGUAUUUAUGAUAGAUAAGUUAAAGGAGAUUUUAUGAGACAGCAAAGCAUGCAGUAGUAGAAGGGAGAAGUACCCUUUUCCUGCUGUCUGGCAAGAAUGAUGACUUAGAGCAGAAAAUAACCUUAAUAUCUUAACUUAUCAAAGUGCCCACAUCAAAAAAAGGAAAACAGAGAAAACAGGUAUUUAUGGGCAUGUUUUUGUUACAAAUAUUAUGGUACUCUGCUUUAAUACACUGCAUUCAAUAUCUGAUAGGUAACACAUAUUAAAGACUAUGCUAGUUAAGACUGCAGGAGUCCUACUUAGUCAUCUGCAUGGAUCUUGGAUGACUUCUUCCAACUUAACAAGAAGGACUCUUAAGCAAGAACUGUCUGGUGACAGGGCAGCUGCUGCUCAAAAAGGGAAUGAAACUCAGUCUGGCAUCUUCAGAAAAAAGAAGAGCCAAGAAAAAGCCAUAGUCUGCUGCAGAGAUCUAAGGGCACAUAUUACUCUUUAAACUAAAUUACCAGUAAAUCAGCUAUGGUAAAACGUUGGACAGGUUGUAGAUGUGGGUGGAAUAUGGACAGUAAGACAAGCUGGUUGGGUAUGCAGAGAAGUGUGUUGCUAGAAAAUCUUGUGAAGAACUUCAAACUAGCUGAAGUAUUGUAUAUAAACUUGUGUUACAUGCUGUUGAUUAGGCAAAAUUCAAAUGUUGAAGACAGAGCAGUGGUGGAGUCUCUGCCUUUGUGUGAUUGCUGAACAGCCCAGUGUGGAACACUUAAUCUCCUGUUAACUUUUACUUUCUGUUUGUUAUGACAACUUAGAGCUGUUCCAUGGCAAUUUUGAGGUUAUUUGAAGUACUCUGGGGAAGGGGUUCUUAAUGGCAUAGAAGAUUGGAGUGGACACUGCAAUAACUGGAAGACAGAAGAGGAUUCUUAAGGAGAAGGGCAGAAGGAUACGGAGAGAGGCAGAAAUUAAUAAGCAUGCAGAGAUGGAACAGGGAUGUACCAUUAUGGCAUAGUGUGAGAAACUGAGGAGUGUAUCAGUGCUGUUUGCUUAGCAUGGCAGAUCUGCUUAUCUAAUUAUUUUAUCUGUAGUAUUUCUAAAAUACAAGUAAUGUGUGAGCUGUACUGUAACACAGAGACAAGCACUAAAAGCAGCUCAGCUGCUGUGGUCUGCAGAUGCUGAUGUCUGUAGUCCCUUAUAAUCUUGUAGGUAGCUAGCAGGAGAGAAUGAAGUUUACUAAAGAUGAUGAGAGUUUCAAUAUACUUGGUUCUGCAGUUCGAACAGAUACAGCUGUCAGACAAUGAUGUUUCUGGUUUCAGAGUUAUCUUUGGUUCAGGUUCUUGAGACCUACGGCCUAGGGCAAGCAUCCAGGUGAGAAUGCUGAUAGGAAUUUGCAAAUUAUAGCUCCUUGGCAGCAGAUGCCUUUUUUUUAAUUUUUGUGGCAGUGGAGCAGGUUCCAGAGAAUGGGAGGGGAAAUCUCAGAGGGUGUUGGUGAUGUGCCUGAGAGACGCGUUUAAGGAUGGGAAAGGAGACUGGGAAAAGCCAAAGAGGUGUCAUGGGUCUGAACUCAGCGUCCUUCUCUUCUCUCAGUCUGCCCCCUCUUUUCCUCCCCAGGGGUGGCUCCUCAAGUUCUUGGAGUUUGUAGUUUGUUUCCAAAGCCCACAGCCAUCUCCUCCCCCCCCGCCUUAUAUCUGUCUUCCACUAUCAACUCAACUCUGCCUGGAAAAAAAGUCUCCUCAUGGCUUUGCUGUAGCUUCUAAUUAUUCUCUGCCUAAAAGAACAGGAUGCCAGGGGCAACUCCUGUUACAAAGCAAAGAGGAGACAGAAGGUGGGUAAGGGUCAUUUAGGCCAGAACAACAAGCUCUAUCUUCCAAGAUACAGGCAAUGUCUCUUGCACUCUUCAGCUGCUUCUGCCUUGUCUUGGCCUACUGAAUUGAUGUCACUCAAAGUAGCCAAGCUGAUGGCAGAUGCCCACAGAUUGACCUUCAUUUUGUUGUUAUGCAGGUUUUGAGGAUGUGACUUUGGUCAGAUAAAGCACAAUCUGGCAGGUGUUAUGAAGAAAACAUAAUUGGUAGAAGUAGUAGAACUAACCUUAUGGAAGAAUAUUUGCCCAGUGAUUUGCUACACUAAUCAACAAGCAGCACUUCAGAGUGGACCACCAACCGGUAAAGCAGUAAAGACAAGACCUGUGGAGGAAGCAAGUGAGAGGAAAAGGCAAGAGACCGAGUACAGCUUUUCAGAGGCUGAUGAGAGACAGAGAGGAGCAUCACCUGUGCAAGUUAAAGGCUACCUGAGGAAGGCAAGCUUCAAAGGAUGAAAACAUGGAAAAGCCAGAGCCAUUCUACAGACUUUCAGUGUCAAAGCAGAAGACCAGUUCUGAGAUUAUAAAUGAAGCCAGAAGUGUCCUACGAACACUAAGAACUCAGAGGCCAUUUACACCUGCAGAGGAUCAAAGGAAACUUUUUGGAUCUGGAUCUUCACGAGCUCCUCAAAAUAGACCUCCUUCAGUUUUUAGUCUUCAUGCUUCCAGUUUUGAUUUGGCUGAAUCAAGACCUGCUUCUGGUGUUCGUCUUAGCCCAUUGGAUUAUAAGCCAAUACUGGUCAUUUCAUCUAAAGAUGAAGAUUCUUCUGUUUCCCUUCCAAAGCCUGCUGUGGAUGCUGCAGAGGUUAGGAAAGUCAGCGAUGCUCGGGCACAGUUAUUUAGAAGAACUUCUCAGGGAGAUGCCUUUCCUGCUAAAAUGGCUCCACUGGAUCACCAUGAAGAGAAGCUUGAUUGUGAAGAACCAGCGAUGAUGAGUAGUCUUCACGGAACUAAUGAUAACUGCUUAGCAGAGCAAAGGGCAUACACACCAUUUAAUGACAAAAGCGAGCAAUUAAUUUGUAAUGAGCACAGUGGUAAACCGGAAAGGGAAGAUGUUCUAAAAGGCACAGCAGGAAAACAUUUAUUUCAACUAAAAGGUGAAAGUAACCAGAUGAAAAAGCACGGCAUAGUUGCAUCCCAACCAAGCAGUAUAGGCUGGAAGAGAAGAUUAACAGGAUUAGAGGAUGAUAUGAGAACAGAUGAAUCAGAAGAGGAAAAAAGCUUUUGGCAUAUGAAGGUCCUACCAAUUCUGCAUGAACUGGAAAGUGAAGACAACGUAGAAAGUCUUUGUUUGGCUUGCACCAAACUCUAUCAAGUCUUGAAUGAAGGAAAUAUGCUUGGAAAAAGAUUUAAACGAAGAAGUAUGCUUCUGAAGACAUUAUAUAAACUUGUAGAAAUUGAUUCGGAUCCACUUUGCCUGAAGCUGGCAAAAAUUAUUCUGUCUAUGAAAGUGGAUGGAAAAAAUCUUCUCGGAGCCUGCAAGCUUGCAUUUAAAGUUUGCAGGAAUGGAAUAAACGACUACCUCAUUCAAAAUGAUACGUUACUAGAUUGUUUGUUGGAGGUCCUGAGAACUGAAGAUCUACAAAAAAACAAUGAAGCUCUCCUGUAUUGCUUGGGAGCUAUAAAAUUUAUGUCUGGAAAUGCAGUGCUCCUUAAUGAAAUGGUCAACAAAGGAGCUGUUGAAAUGUUGCUGCAAUUAAUGAAGCAGAUUAAUAGUAUAAAAGAAAAUGACUCGCAUUUCUCCAGCUUGGGCCACCUAUUAGUCCAGCUGACAGCUACUUUACGAAACUUGGCUGACUUACCUCAAACAAGAUGCCAGCUCGUUUGCAGUGGUGCAGUCUCUGAGCUCUGUGUGGCGCUGGAGCAGCGUAUGAAUGACAAGGAUGUGUGCACCUACAUUGUCAGGAUUUUCAGCAAACUUUCUUCGUACAAUGACUUCUGUGCAGCUUUAGCAGACUGCUCCAGAUGUUACAUCUUAUUUUUAGCCCUACUAAACAAACACCAGAAGCAGCAGGACUUGGUUAUCCGUAUCAUCUUUAUUCUUGGUAAUUUAACAGCAAAGAAUAACCAGGCCCGUGAGCAAUUUUUUAAAGAAGAAGGAAGUGUUAACACCUUGAUGUCAUUAUUCCAAACCUACCAUGAACUUGAUUUGAAAGAAGAGAAAUGGUACCAUGAAAGAGGAAGGGAGGAAAAAAAAAAUCCACAGCAUCCUUCCAAAGCAGAAGAUGUUCUGAUAAAACUGAUACGAGUGCUGGCCAAUCUGUCCAUUCAUCCCAGUGUAGGAGCAGCUCUGGCAGCUGCCCAUCAUGUUGUAGAAUUACUUGUUACAGUACUAGAAUAUAAGUCAAUUGAAGUCUGCGAGGAGUUGGUGAUCAAUGCUGCAACAACAAUCAACAAUUUAUCCUUCUACAAAGUGAAGAGUUCUGCAGUUCAAGACAAGAAGCUACGCAUUGCUGAAAUGCUUUUAAAGCUGUUAAUGAGCAACAAUAUGGAUGGAGUUGUGGAAGCUGUCAGAGUCUUUGGCAACCUUUCCCAGUAUCAUGAGAUCUGUGACUUCAUCAUACAGAAAAAGAUACACAAGUUUGUGAUUGCUUUACUUGAUGCCAAGAAUCAAGAUGUCUGUUUUUCUGCCUGUGGAGUCUUGCUCAAUCUCACAGUAGAUAAGGACAGGCGAGCUCUUCUGAUGGAAGAAGGAGGAAUUGGGAAGUUAGUUGACUGCUUACGAGACUUUGGGCCAGCAGACUUGCAGCUGGCUUGUUUGAUAUGCAAAACCCUGUGGAACUACAGUGAAAACAUCACAAGUGCAGCCUCAUGCUUUGGAGAAGAUACUGACACGUUGCUGAUGCUGCUCACAUCACUCUUAGAUGAAGAGCUAGCACUGGGCUACGGCCUCGACAGAGGGGACCACCACAAACUAUACUGGGAAAUGGAGUUCAAGCCUGUGGCAGAAAAACUUCUUGAGAGAAUUCAGACCCAUCGCUCCUCUGUUUCCGCUGCGAUCAUUACUGCAUUUUGAUCUGUUUGGGGCUUUUUUUUUGUGAUGUAGUUUGUACAGUUAUAUUUUUCCAAUAUAUGUUGCCUUUGGUAAGUGUGUUGGCCAGCACAGGAAGUUUAUGUUUAGAAAGCUGGUGAAGUAUUUAUAUAAGGGAUACUAUCUUUUAAAAGGGUUUGUCUGGAAUUUUUGGAUGUGUAAUUACAUUUUAGAAUAUAUUUGAGUUUCUCAAGCA